AUGAAUACAAAAGUGUACCAUCUACUACGCCGAUCGUUUUCUGGUAUCUCUAAUGUAAAGAAUCGAUUUUAUAAGGAAGCACGAGCUGUGUUUAAGCCCACGGAGAAAGUUUAUAACAUAUUCCUUGACAAGAGUUGUUUAAUCACACCGAAGCAGAAUCCAGUAGAGAUACAUUGUGAAGCACUUGCGCUUGCUGUAGCAGAAGAAUGGAACAUGCAAAAGGAUGAGUUGAGGACAAAUUUAAUGCGGCUUACAGGCUUAAUUUUUACAGCUAUCGACAAUCCGAUGUCGCUAGAAAAAUCUCACAUCUUGUCACAAGUGCUCCAGUUUCUGGAUAAAGACACAAUUCUAUAUCGACUGGAGGAAAACAGUAAUUUACUAGAGCUGGAAGAAACAAAUUGGAAUCCAGUGGUUGAAUGGGUAAACUUGGAGUAUGGUUUGUCAGUGAGACCGAGUUAUUCACUUGUUGAAGUCGCUUUUCCAGAACCUGUGAUCGACAAUAAUUCACGAAUUCGUUUAUCAAAUCAGCUGUCAGAUUAUAGUUUUCUACAAUUAGUCGGCUUACAAUAUGCCACAGAAUCGCUCAAAUCUGUGUUUCUUACCUUGGCUGCCUUAUCAUGUCGUUUACAUGUUGAUGAAGCCGUUGAUCUCGCACUACUGGAACAAAAAUAUCAAAGUGAUAUCUGGGGAAAGGUUGAAUGGGCUCAUGAUAUCGAACGAGAAGAGCUAAUUUCACGGUUGUCAGCCGGUAUACUAUUAAUGCAUUUGGGUGAUUUAGAACCAGAAUACGAAAUGAAAUCUCAAGAAAAUGAACUUGUGAAAAAUGAUACAAAAGUUGCUUGA